AUGAGCCCUGCGUAUACAAAGCAGAAAACUCGCCAUGCCAGUGUUCCUGCUGAAAGUGAGAGUGAAUGGAGCACCAAUGAGAAGCUAACAGGGUACACUAUUGUAGAGCCUAAGACAUGGCAGUACAUUAAAUAUGGUACGCACGUUAGGCAGUCCAGAGAAAAAACAGUUCAUGAAACUACAGAAUGGAUUCAAUAA